AUGUCGGCUCAAUACUCAUCAUCAUCAUCCUCCUCCGCUUCAUCCCACCACCACCAGUCGCAAAAUCAACAAUACUACCUCCUCGCCACCUCCACCUCAACAUCCAACGCCACCUCCACAUCCACAUCCACCAGCUCCAAUACCACUUCUAGCGGUAAUGCCACGAAAGAAAUCGAGAGAUCGUGGACAACACCCUACGCGAUCGAAGACGAGGAUCUGGUGUUCGAUGGUAAGCCGUUGAAUAUGCUGUACGAGGAGAAUCGGGAGUGCGAGACACGUGAUAAGGGGGAGAAGAGGGGCAGGGGGAGGAGUAGGAAGAAGUGA